AUGACAUUUGAGGACCGUGGACAGGGACGUCUUGAGGAGAGUGAGGGUUGUCCGGUAGUAUGGAGGUCCGAUGGUUUCGACAAUGAGCCAAGAACUGUGAGCCAGAAGACUCGAAUAAUGGAUUAUUUGAACAUCCCUGAGAAUGAAUAUGGCCUUGUUUUUACUGUGAGCCGUGGCUCAGCCUUUAAAUUGCUAGCUGAGUCAUACCCUUUCCACACGAACAAAAAGUUGUUGACGAUGUUUGAUCAUGAGAGCCAGUCGGUAAAUUGGAUGGCUCAAAGUGCUAGAGAGAAAGGUGCUAAGGUUCAUAGUGCAUGGUUUAAAUGGCCUACUCUUAAGCUCUGUUCGACUGAUCUGAGGAAGCAAAUUUCGAACAAAAAAAGGAGGAAGAAGGAUUCUGCAGCUGGUCUUUUUGUGUUUCCUGUCCAAUCUAGAGUUACUGGUGCAAAGUACUCGUAUCAGUGGAUGGCCCUGGCUCAACAGAAUAAUUGGCAUGUCUUGCUUGAUGCAGGGGCAUUGGGCCCUAAGGACAUGGAUUCCCUUGGAUUAUCUUUGUUUCGGCCAGAUUUCAUCAUCACAUCAUUUUAUAGGGUGUUUGGCUAUGACCCCACUGGAUUUGGAUGUCUUCUAAUCAAGAAAUCUGUGAUGGGAAGCCUACAGAAUCAGUUGGGGCAUGCUGGUUCUGGUAUAGUGAAAAUCACUCCUGUGUUUCCGCUGUACUUGAGUGAUUCAAUGGAUAAUUUCCCUGGAUUUGGUGAAGACGAGGAAGUCAGUAGGAAUGCUGAAGUUAAAUCUGAAACUCGCCCACAAUCUCAAUUGCCUGCCUUUUCUGGUGCAUUCACUUCUGCGCAGGUGAGGGAUGUGUUUGAGACUGAGAUGGAGCAUGAUAACAGUUCUGAUAGGGAUGGCGCUAGCACCAUAUUUGAAGAAACGGAGAGUAUUUCCAUAGGGGAGAUGAUGAAAAGCCCAGUAUUUAGUGAAGAUGAGUCGUCAGAUAACUCACUAUGGAUUGAAUUGGGUCAGAGUCCUUUGGGCUCAGAAAAUGCUGGUCAUUCAAGCAAACACAAGGUGGCCUCUUCCUCACCACCGGUUUGGUUCUCCACUCGGAAAAAUAACAGGAGGACUUCUCCAAAAGCACCUAAUAUAUCAAGCAGCCCGACAUAUGACAUGGAAUUGAACCAAGGGCAUCUUGAAAAUGGCCAUGUAUUAUCAUUUGAUGCUGCUGUUCGAUCAGUCUCUCAAGAUUUGGACCAUUUCAAGGAGAUUCCUGAAGAGGAACAAUUUUCCGCAAGAGACUCUGAAUGUAAGACUCCAAAUAACCAACCUUUUCAGGAAAUUGAAGAACCCGAAACUAAUAAAUCAAUGGGUUCUGCCAACAAGGGAUCAGGCCACAACAACAUGAAUCAUCGAAGCAUACAGAAUGGCUCAGCUUCUGAGAUAUGCUCUGAGACGAAGGAGAGUGCAAUAAGAAGAGAGACAGAAGGGGAAUUCAGACUACUAGAAAGGAGAGAAAGAAAUAGAAUUGCUGGUGGCAGAUUUUUUGGAAUAGAAGAGACUGAGCAACUGGGAAGUAGAGGCAGAAGGGUAUCCUUUAGUACAGAAGAUAAUCGCAAAACUCGUCUGGGCCAAGCUGUUGAGGCAGGAGAAUUAUCAGCCACUAGCCUGGAUGAUGAAGAUUACAUUAGCGAUGGGGAAUAUGAUGAUGAUGGGCAAGACUCCGACAGAAAUGAACCCGAGAUUAUUUGUAGGCAUCUUGAUCACAUAAACAUGUUAGGUCUCAACAAGACCACCUCCCGACUGAGGUUCCUCAUCAAUUGGCUUGUGACGUCUUUGUUGCAAUUAAGAUUGCCUGGUUCAAAUGAAAAAGACAGUCCACCACUUGUUCAUAUUUAUGGGCCAAAGGUUAAAUAUGAAAGAGGUGCAGCAGUUGCAUUCAAUUUGAGGGAUAGGAACCGAGGUCUGAUCAGUCCGGAAAUUGUUCAGAAGCUGGCUGAGUCGCAUGGUGUCUCUCUUGGUGUCGGAAUCUUGAGUCACAUACGCCUUCUUGAUAGCUCCAAACAGCAACGUGGGUCUUUGAGUCUUGAUGAUACUACCCUUUGCAAGCCAAUGGAGAACGGCAGACAUGAUGGUAAAAGUGAAUUCAUCAGAGUCGAGGUCGUUACUGCUUCUCUUAGCUUUUUGACUAAUUUCGAUGAUGUCUAUAACUUGUGGGCAUUUGUGGCUAAAUUUCUUGACCCGACUUUUGUGAAAGAGGGAGUCCUUCCACCUGUUGUAGAAGAGUUUGAAUAACGAGGCUUAGAGCUGGUACUAUUGCUUUUGUCCUCCAUACCCAUUUGUACAGUCAGAUGAUGCAGAGAUGAUUGCUAAUCAUGGGGAGAACUGGAUCAAGCGCAUGGAUUGGAAAAGUUAAACUAGAUUCUUUUUGCCCUCCACGCCCCCUUUUUGCUGCAAGUGGGUGAAUUUGUUCAUUCUUGUUUUUAAUUGCUUGGAUUUUCUCUUUUACCUUGUGAGGUUCUUGUAGAAUUGGGUUUGAAAAAUUUGUAUCAUUUCAGAUAGUAAUUACGAACUAGAACUGAUGCGUCCUCCUUGCAUUCUUAGGGAAAGUGCUUUCUGCUGUAAAAAAAUGUGUUUUGCUUGUUUCGGGCUACA